AUGGCUGAAAACAACAACUAUAUGACACUCUGUCCGCAUUGCGAGACUUAUUUACCUGCGAGAACGUUCAGACGGCACAGGGAAGAUUUCUUUAAUUUAAACACAAAUUCCUGGCAAAAAGAUCCAAGCCUGGUAGAAAGUAGUGAUGAUGAUGAUAACUAUAUUGAGAUCGAUCAGUCGAUUCCACAUGCCCCAAGUUCAUCAGGUCAUUCCCAUGAUGAUAGUGAAUCGGACACUGCUAAUGAUUUCUUUCACCAGGCACUGCUUGAGCAGGAGAUUUGGGAUGAUGUUUCAGAUCAUGAAAUCAAUGAAGAUACUUUUGAAAACCCCAAUAUUCCAUCUGUUGGUGUCAGUACAUCAGAUCGUUCUUCCAACCGUACGUUGCUCAAUUGUCUGGUCAUCUUGCUAGCCUUCUUCUGGACAUACUUCCCCAUACCAGACAACGCAAUGGAGUUUUUACUCUUGUCGUUAAAGCGGUUCUUUCAAGCGGCAUCAUUUUCCAACAAUUGGCUCGCCACAUUCGCCUUAGCAUUUCCUGGAUCGCUAUAUCUAUUCAGAAAAGAAAUCGGACUGGUAGGGGACAAGUUUACUAAGUACGUUGUUUGCCCGAAAUGUUGCGCUGUGUACGAAUUUGAAAAUAGCUUUCGAACAAUUGGCACUCGCAAGGUUUCCAAAACGUGUUCCUUUGUUCGUUUCCCAAACCAUAGGCAAUGGCGCAUGCGUAAACAAUGUGGCACGACCCUUUUGAAAGAGAUUACGGUUAAAGACGGUGGUAACCGACUGUAUCCUCAUAAGGUAUAUUGUUACCAGAGUAUUGUUUCAACAUUAGAACAGUUUGUUAAGCGAUCAGGUUUUACAGAGCGUUGUGAAUUGUGGAGAAAUCGUGAUUUACGAACACCGUAUCAAGUAAUGUGUGACGUGUUUGAAGGACGAGUGUGGAGGGAUUUUCAGAUGUUUGAGGGAUCAUCCUUCCUGGCGUCACCUCGCAAUUACGGCUUUAUGCUCAAUGUUGAUUGGAUGCAACCAUUUGAUCACACGCCAUAUUCCGUGGGAGUGUUGUAUCUCGUUUUGAUGAAUCUUCCGCGCAGUGAGCGCUUCAAGCGGCAAAACAUUUUCCUCGUUGGAAUCAUUCCAGGUCCAAAUGAGCCAAAAAUUAAUAUCAAUUCAUUUCUAAAACCCCUUGUCGACGAGUUGUUUGUUCUUUGGGAAGAAGGCGUGAAUCUAAGACAUUCAGGUUCACCUAUUUUGCCAGAACGUUUCCGGGCUGCUCUGUUGUGUGUAGCCUGUGAUAUGCCCGCAAGUAGGAAGGUUUGUGGGUUUACUGCUCACAACUCUAAACAUGGUUGCAAUAAAUGCACUAAAGAAUUUGCGACGGGCGGUAUCGGUGAGGCAACAAAUUAUUCCGGAUUCAAUUCCUGUAGUGGGAGAAACAUCGUUGAUCAUAGAAGACAUGUCGAAGAGAUUUUAGCGCAGUCAACGCAGGAAUUACGUAACGUGAAAGAAUCUUUAUAUGGCGUUAGAUAUUCUGAACUUCUUAGAUUACCGUACUUUGACUGCAUUAGGUUUACGAUUGUUGAUCCAAUGCAUAAUUUGUUCCUGGGAACGGCUAAACACAUGAUGGAAUUAUGGCUUGAACUUUCUGUUUUGACUCGUGCAGAUUUGGAACGUGUUCAAGAAAAAGUAGACGCAACUAAUACACCUUCAAAUAUGGGUCGAAUUCCUUUCAAAAUAGCGAAAUCUUUUUCUGGAUUUACGGCAGAACAGUGGAAAACAUGGGUUACUGUUUUUUCUCCUUUUGCAUUGUUAGGUUUUAUAACAAAUAAUCAUUACAAGUGCUGGUUAAAUUUCGUUAAAGCCUGUAAACUUUUGUCACAGCCAAUGAUUAAAAUAUCUGACGUGGGACUUGCACAUUCUCUGCUAGUAACGUUUUGCCGUGAUAUCGAAAAAAUGUAUGGGACCCAACGCAUUACACCGAACAUGCACAUGCACACUCAUUUGGCAGACUGUAUUCUUGACUAUGGGCCUAUUUAUAGUUUUUGGUUGUUUAGUUUCGAACGUUAUAAUGGCAUAUUAGGGAACUACUCGACCAAUAACAGAUCGAUUGAAUUGCAAAUAAUGAGAAAGUUCUUGAGAGACCAAAACUUAAGGGAAUUUGAAUUCCCAGAAGAAUGCGCGCAGCAUUUUAGAGACUUAACGGAUAAAAUUCAUCAGCGCGAAGGCCGUCGAUCGAUGAAUGACGUAAUUGAUAGCAAACUGGCAAUCAACAUUCUUCGAAUGUGUAACGAUAGAAUUCAUGUUGGUAAUGAAUUGUGGUUUUCUCUGGACGGUUAUUCUUUUGGUUCACCGCACGUUAUUGAACAUUUGGAUACUGACGAGCAUGAGUACUUGAGCAGGGUUUACACGAUCUUCCUUCCUGGCUUAACAACCAACGAUAUACCUCUUCUUUGUGACAAGUACGCAUCAAUUGCGUUUGCAGGGGAACGAUAUGGGUCUACAUUUUCCCGUCUCAAUCGCUUUGCUUACAUCCUAGCAAAGUGGGCAGGAAGAUUCCAUGGAGAUGUUGAUAUUGAAAGUAUGGACGAAAGGCCGGGUAUCGUCGAUUGCUUUAUACGGCAGUCGAUUUCGUAUAAUGAUAAGGUGUAUUCGUUUUGUUUUGCGUACGUUCGUUGGUUUCAGCAUCAUCCAGAGCGGUUCCAUUAUGGUAAUGCUGGAAAUAUGGUAGCGCCAGAGAUUUGGUGCGCAAACAUGUUUGAGUGUUUUGGCCCCGCGUCGUUUAUACCUGUUCAGCGUAUAACACGAAACUUUAUCGCCGGGUAUGAUAAAGUUAAUGACGAAACUGUCUUAUUUGUUAUGCCAUUGGCAAGGCAAAUUCAUCUGUGA